UCUGUCUGUCUGUCUUUAAUGGCAGAAAUGGAGAAGCUAGGCUCAAAAUACCAAGUUGCAAGGAGAAUAGCCAAGGAUGAGAGGUUCGUGAGGUUGCCAUGUCUAUACAAAGGAACAUAUGUGGAUGACUGUAUUGUUCAACGUGUAACUCAGCACAAGUGUUACAUCGCUGCCACCUGUAAUAAGGACCUCAAGAGACGCAUACGGAAGGUGCCAGGUGUACCCAUCAUGUACUUACAGCAACACAGAUACUCGAUUGAACGGAUGCGAGAUGCAUAUGGCGCCCAUAAGACUUGA